UCAGCGCGUCGGAAUCGCUGGCUGUGCGUAUGCGCGUAUGGAACUGCUCGGGCGUUGCCUCGGUCGUCGUCGCGACCGGUGGUGGCAAGCAACCGGUCAUGAUCAACGCCGACACCGAUACAAUGACGGACGUAUGCGUGUACGAGCUUUGGUCGGGACCCAGCGGCGUGAUGUCGGGCUCGAUGCAAGUGAGCGUGACGGUCGUGGACGCUUUCUUCGGGUGGACGUCCGUAGAAAUGACGGCAACGUCGACGACCCACGGUGCAUCGUCGGCAACGGUGACGAUGACGGCGCUGCAGUGGCUUCCGAACACGGCGCCGAUGCAGAUCUUGCUCCCGACCGUCCGCCUGGAGACGUUCGAGGACGAAAUGGUGUUCUUGGCAACGAGCGCCAUUACGCGUCCGAUUCAGCUCCCGUCCGACUACGUUUUGACGCUGCUCGAGGUCGUGACCAACGGCGUGUGGAUCCAAGGCAUCUGUGGUCCGUGUGACAACACGAGUGUGAUGGGAGCCUUCACGAAGCAGUUUGAUGGGCGCUGGUCGGGCGUCAUUGGCGUCGUACCGUCCCAGCAUUACAACGGCGAGAUCGAGUUUUACGUGGAUGUGUCGUUGCAGAGUCCGAUCUUGGGUCAUCGACCGAUGCUGUACCGGCAACCGUACCAGGUCGACAUCAUCGGUGUUGCCACCGUGCCGCAACUGUCGCUUGCACCGAUGAACACGACGAUCGAGUACGGCAAGUCGGCGUCGAUCUGGGCCAGCGCGUCGAGCCGCGACGCGUCCGAGGCAGUGCGCAUGGAACUGCGUCCGCACGGGUGUGACAGCAACGCAAAUGUGACGGCGAACGGCGCGCCGGUGCCUCUGACGUGGACCUCGGCGGGCGACUGCGUCUACGCCAUCAGUGACAUGGCCAAUGUGACUGGCAACUCGGUGGUGGUUGCGACGAGUAUCGCGAUGCCGGUCGGGUUCUUUGGUCUGGCGUGGUUUGACGUCGUGGCGACAAGUGCGGACGGGGCAGCGCGAGCCGAGAUUGCGAGUCCCGUGUCGUUUGUGUGGCUGCCCAACCCGGCCGUGAUGUACGAGGCGGCGGUGACGCGACACCUGGAGGUGUUUGGCGGCGUGGCCGUGGACGUUAGCUUGGACGACAUCCGGUCGCAGGUCAACGCGUCGAUGGACGACUAUGUGAACCUGGGCUUUGAGAUUCUGGCGGCAGAUGCGCGGGCUACUGCGUCCGUGUUCACAGUGAGCCGUGGUAACGGCAUCACGGAGCUGUCGCUCAACGAGAGCCGUGGGUCGUUCGUGUUUACGGACUUUGCUGAUGACGUGCGCGCCGGUGUGGUGCCGGUGACCCACUUUCAUGGCCUGUUGUCGUUCGUCUUGCGCGGGUACUAUGGCAGUCCCGAGUUUGGUGCACCGCCGGUCGUCUACGGCGUACAGUACGAGGUGCAGGUGUGGCCGACGGCCGAGUUGCCCCUCCUCGUUACGGCCAACUCGUCCAUUGUUGCCGGCGACCGUGCGCAUCUCCACGUGUCGGCGCAAGUGUCGUAUUGGUUUGACCGAGACGACGACGACUUCAAGCUGCUGCUGCGCAUGCCGACCGACGCGUGCGACGGUGUGCAAGCGGUCCGAGCCAACGGUGUCGUGGCCAUACCGAAAUCGACGAGCUUUGGGUGUGCGUACGAUCUGACGUACUACAUUGUGUGGGAUCUGUCGGUGUCUGGGCCGGAGACGGCGCUAUUGCAGAGUCCACCGGUCGAGAUUGAGGUGCAAGCCAUUACGGGGUUUGCCGGCGCGAGCACGUACCAAGUGGUCUCGGUGUGGUCGCGACCGUCCCUUCAAGACAGCAACGUGCAGACCGUGGUCGCCGAAGCCGUCGACACGGUGGUCGUGACGUGGCAACCGAGCAUGAACACGAUCGAGCUGCUCCCGGUGGUGAUCGAGCGCUCGGCGUU